AAGGGUUUGGAGAGGAGUUGUGGGAGCGGCGUAGCGAGGGGUUUUAGGGGGGCAGGAGCAGGGCCUAAGGAAACCUGGGUCGUGGGCAUCAGCAAGAGCAGCUUCUCCAGCGGGUUCUGAGUUCUUACGAACCAGGUUCCGAGCCGGUCAUAAUCUUGUGUUGGGUCGCCUGUCGCCUUCCGGGAUUCUGGAUAAAUAUGCAAGGUCAGGUCUGCUGCCUGGUCCUCAUGAUGGUGAUGAAGAUAAACGCUAGAUCUGCUCUGUCCAGUACGGAUAGCCGUUAGCCAGGUGUGGCUGUCUGAAUUGAGAAAUGCUGUAGAUAUAAAAUACAGACUGGACUUCGAGGACUUAGUACCCAAAAAAAGAGUAGGCUAAAAACAGGAGAAGAACAUGGAGGCAGAUAUAAUCACAGAUCUUCGAUCCAAGCUCAAAGAGGUUGAAGAAGAGCGACUAAAAGCUGCACAGUACGGUUUACAGCUAGUGGAGAGCCAAAAUGAACUGCAGAAUCAACUGGAUAAGUGUCGUAAUGAAAUGAUGACCAUGACUGAGAAUUACGAACAAGAAAAAUACACUCUUCAAAGAGAAGUUGAGCUCAAGAGUCGAAUGUUAGAAAGUUUGAGUUCUGAAUGUGAAGCUGUUAAACAACAACAAAAGAUGCAUUUGGAGAAGUUAGAAGAACAACUGAGCAGGCGCCAUGGGCAGGAAGUGAAUGAGCUAAAAAAUAAGUUAGAAAAACUGAAAGCUGAAUUAGAUGAAGCUAGGCUCAAUGAAAAGCAGCUAAAGCACAAAGUAGACCAUCAGAAGGAGCUGCUGUCUUGUAAGUCAGAGGAAAUGCGGAUGAUGUCUGAACGUGUACAUGAAAGCAUGUCUUCAGAGAUGCUAGGUCUUCAAAUGGAGUUGACUGAAAUGGAAAGUGUGAAGACCGCCCUCAAAGAAGAAGUGAAUGAACUACAGUACAGACAAGAACAACUAGAGCUUCUUAAUAACAACUUACUGCGCCAGGUAGACCGACUUAAAGAAGAAAAACAGGAGAGAGAAAAAGAAGCAGUGUCUUACUGCAAUGCGUUAGAGAAAGCUCGUGUAGCAAAUCAAGAUCUUCAAGUGCAGUUGGACCAGGCACUCCAGCAAGCCUUAGACCCCAGUAGUAAAGGCAACUCUUUGUUUGCAGAGGUGGAAGAUCGAAGGGCAGCAAUGGAACGCCAGCUUAUCAGUGUGAAAGUCAAAUAUCAGUCCCUAAAGAAACAAAAUGCAUUUAAUAGAGAACAGAUGCAAAGAAUGAAGUUGCAAAUUGCCACAUUGCUACAGAUGAAAGGGUCUCAAACUGAAUUUGAGCAGCAGGAACGGUUGUUUGCCAUGUUGGAGCAGAAGAAUGGUGAAAUAAAACAUCUUUUAGGUGAAAUUAGAAAUCUGGAGAAAUUUAAGAGUUUAUAUGAAAAUAUGGAAUCUAAGCCUUCAGCCAGCUCUGGGGUUCUGGAAGAUAACACCUAUUAUACAGAUUUACUUCAGAUAAAGCUUGAUAAUUUAAACAAAGAAAAUGAAAGCACUAAAGGUGAACUGUCCUUACAGCGAAUGAAAGCGUUAUUUGAGAGCCAGCGGGCUCUGGGUAUUGAGCGAAAACUUUUUGCAAAUGAAAGAUUAUUCCAGAUUUCCCAAAGUGAAAAUAUGAAACUGAGAGCUAAACUAGAUGAAUUAAGACUGAAGUAUGAACCUGAAGAGAAAAUUGACAUGCCUGUACUCAAAAAGAGACGCGAAGUACUGCCUGUGGAUGUAGCCACCCCUAAAGAUAUAUGUGCCAGCAGUGCUCUUGAAGAAGUUUAUGGAUUACCAACUCAGGAAGAGGAGUCACAGUCCUGUGCUAACGAUGUAGGAGAUAACUUAGAGUUAGAAAAGACAGUUUCUGUAAACACACCAGUAGUCAGUCUCUCUCCACACAAAAAUCUGCCAAUGGAUGUGCAACCAGCGAAGGAGAAGAAACGUGUGAAACUCAUAGGAGUUCCGGUUGACUCUGAAGCUUUAAGUGAAAGAAGUGGAAACACCCUGAGCUCUCCCAGGUCAGUGUUCUCUUUUCCUCAAGGCAACCAGCAGGCCUCUCCUUCUCUUCUCUAUCGCUGCAUGAACUGUGCUUUCUAUUUCUUUAUCUAUUUUCUUAGCAUUGCAUGCAGUGCAAUUCCCCAGUUUCACCUGCCCACUUUCAACUUUUCCAAAACUUUAAGAAAGACUAAAAUGACUGCAAGGGGAAAAGACUCCUGAAUAAGGGAAUUAUGCUUUUAGAAAAUCAGAUGUUUCUGUUUCUUGGACUAUCAAAGAGUACAUCUCUGAAGGUGUUGUUGGUUUGAAUAAAUGUACUGUGAUUUUUUUCCUGGUUCAAGAAUGGCCAUGAAAGACAAAAUAACUUGCCUUCUAAAAGGGCUUUGUACUAGUCUAAGAAAUUUCAGCCUCCUAGAAAACUGUCAAGUGAAGUUUUCUGUGGCUUUUCAAAUUGUUUAAUCUUAAGUUUUCAGGAAUGGCUUUUGAUAUCUGUUUUGACAUUUUAAAAUAUCAAAGCGGAUUCGUUUUCAUUUUAUAUCAAGCCUCUAGUUCCUGUAUAAUUGAGUUUAUGACGAAACAAGGAAGUGUCACACAUAUGUGUCUGAGGGAAUUACAUUUUAAAGGCCUUGUCCUUUAAAAAAAAAAUAACAAUACUCAGAAGGUAAAAGAAGGUGAAUAGAAGGGAAGAGUAGGUAAUGGUAGCUGGGGCUGGAGUGCAGUAGGAAAUAGCCUCUGGAUGUGUACAGUAGGACCAAGAGUGGGGCAAAAAAUGGGUGAAUGAGGAAAAUAGAGGAGGUUAAAAAAAAUGAUAAGUGAUGAAGGAUGUCCACAUGCAAAGGAAUGAUGGAUACAUUUAAAAUAAUUAACUUUACACAUUUAAAAAAUUAAGGCCAUUCAUUGAUGUGAAAAUAGUUAAUUUUUAUUGUCUCCUUUGAAAGGAGAUCUUUAAGGUGCUGUUACGGCUACAUAAGUGUUAGAGAGAGGGAUGCAGAAUAAGACAUUUUAUUAAUGUGCAUUUGAGUUAAAAUAGUAAGACAUAUCCACCUUACAUAAAAAGGCUUCCCUGUAUGUUUUAUCUAAAUUCCCUUUAAGUCUUCAGUGCUAAUAAAUGUAGUACUCAACAAUGGAAGCACUUCAACAAUGUUAGCUGCUAUUAUUAUAAGGAAUAGUUAUUAUUCCCUUCCCUGAAUUUUUAUAUAAUAGUAUUAUAACCUAUUUAAAAAAACGACAACAACCAAACCCAUUGUCAUCAAGUCAGUUCUAACUUUUGGUGACCCCACAUUUGCCAGAGUAGGACUGUACUCUAUAGGGUUUUCAGUGGCUAUAAUUUUAUGGAAAUAGAUUGCCAGGCCUUUCUUCUGUAGUGCUGCUGGGUGGAUUUUUAACUACCAGCCUUUUGGUUAGAAGUUGAGUGCACACUGUUUACAGUAUAAGCCACAAAAAGUAAAAGUUUAGUAUUCUCAAGGAAAAAGUAACUUUAAAUGAAUGGUAUGUGACUCACAGUACUGAAUAGUUCCGAGAUCAAUUCGGGAGGUUAUACUUGUUUAUAUGUGACUCAUUGUGUAAAUGUACUUGACCAUUGUAUAUUUCUGGAGGUGGUUUCCAAAAUUGAUCAGUGCAAAUCUUGCUAUCUGUGUUGUCUUCAUUUCUUUUCUGCCUUUUUUGCUUGAUUAAAAAUUACUAAGCAAAUGUAUGUAGCUACUUGAUUGACUUAAGUAGCACUUUGGGAUUUUGUCUUGCUAAACAAAAACAAAUAAAAAGCCACAAAACAUUUGUUUUUGUGUGUGUGUGAGUCCAUCUGCUAACUUAAGACGUUUCCAACUUUUUGUUUUCUGCAUGCUUAACUUAGAUACACAAUUCUAAGAUAGUUUUAUAAUAAUAAAUAUGGGUUUUCUUGGGAACAUCACUAUUGCAUGCUUUAUAAUUGGAUAUCCUUGCCAUAGGCCUUUUUAAUAUCUUACCUCUGUUUAUUUUUCUUAAACUAUUAUUCUCCUAGUUGAAACUCAGUUUGGUUUUUUUUUGUGAGACAAGUAGUUAGAUAUCUAUUUAUGCAGCCGAAGAUUCCAUGUUAUUUUUAUUUUAUGUUUAGCCUUUUGUAUGUUAACUUUAAAAUAUUGAUCUAGCAUUUUGAUUUUUGUGUUGUGUGCUUAUCAUGAUAAGCACCUGAUGAUGUUUUAAGUAUUUAAUUUAGACCUUGCCAUGAUUUUUUAUCAUUUUUAAAAAAUUAUAAAAGACAUUUUAAAAGUUAAGCCUAUUUAUGUAAAAAGGCUUUUUAAGAGAGGCAGUGACCUCAUUUUCUUAAUGGUGUUGGAGUCAACAGAAAUUAUUUUUUAUUGUAUACCUAAAAAAAGUCAACAUGCCUCAAAGGAGGCCCAUUAUACUGGGGGUUUGUUUCUUCUUUAGUUUUUCUUAAUCACAUUUGAAUUCAGAGUGGAUACU